UUUAGUUAAAGUUAGAUAACAGUAUGUGGAAGUUUUAAAUAAUUAGCGUAAAAUAAUUGAAUAAGAAGGAUCUCAUCUAUACUGUAAUAAAAUGAUGCAUAUAAGUUUUUUUUUAAUGUUUUAAACAUUUUAUUUAGUUUUAAGAAAUCAUUCAUAUUAUUGACAAAUCAUUUUAGAAAUAUGAAUUUCAACGACUUACAUUGUAUGGCAAAAAAAAUUGAUCUACAGGUUAAAACAUUAGAAGCUAAAGUAGCAAAUCCUAUGGGUAUGAUUUAUUCAAAUAAUUCUAGCCAAGGCGUGAAAAUUUUAUCAUUGUUAAAAGAUAUGGUUGGCAAUAUUGAAGAAAAAAAGAAAAUAAUUGAAUCUACCAUUUAUGAACAAAAUAAUGCCUGGAGUGAAAUGAUAGAAGAUUACAAUUUCAUAGCAAAGUAUAAGUCAGAUAUAAAUGAUAAAUUAGAUGAGUUAGAAAACACUUGGUCAAAUCAAUAUCCGUGUUAUAAACCAUUUAUUCCUACGAAUACAGUAGACACUAUAGAAAUAGAUACAGAAUUUCAAGAAUUACAUUUACAAGAAGAAGAAAAACAGUUGGCUGAUCAAUCAUUAAAUGACAAUAGUUUGUGCAACAUUACUUUAUCUCAAUAUUAAAUUUAAUGAAAUUUGUUUAUAUCAUUGGUGAUCUUUUUUUAUUAUUUAUUUUUAUUGGAGAAUUUAAUUUUUUUGUAUAAAUUAUUAAAUUAAUUAAUUUUUUUAUUAUUAAAAUUAUUUUGUAUGAAUAUUGAUAAUAUAGAAUAUAAAUAAUAUUAAAAA